CAUCAUUUUCCUAAAACAAAACAAGACGUAGAAGACGGAAAAUUAUCGAGCGAUUGCUGCAGUAGUGUAGCAGCUUGUGUAGCAAAGUGGUAGCAAAAAUUGGAAAAGUCACUGUGCAGUUUUACGCGAAACGCCGCAUCAGAACAGCAAACAUUCACGCAGAGUUGGUCACGAUCGUGACCCGAGCGGCAUACAACUGUACUUGACCUUUGGUCGGGCGAAGAUUCAGCGCACGCCACACGAUGUUGGCCGCAAUCAAGGAUUUUUUCUAUCGCCACCGCAGGAAGCUGAUUACGACUGGUGUGCUGCUGGGAGGUGGCUUGUUUCUGAUCAAGCUUAUCCAGUACAAACUGCGCGAGUUCCAGGAACGGCAGGCUCGCGAGAUCGCCGAAAGAUUCAAACGGAUGAAACACUUCGAGUCAACCGAACGAACUUGUAACCAAACGAUCGUGGGGCUGUCGGAAAAUGUAUCGGAAAAAGCCCUGCGGGAUCUAAGUACAGCCGAUAUAUUGGAGAAAUUACGCUCUAAUCCAGACAAUAAAUUUGAGCUGUGGGAAGAAUUAAAAAUAUUGGCUUUCGCCAAAAUAGUAACUCUAGUGUACGCUUCCUCGAUGCUUGCGCUGACGCUGAAGACUCAAAUCAAUCUGCUCGGAGGUUAUAUGUAUAAAGAUACGGUUCCUAGAGAUACGCAGACCACGUAUCUCUCUAUGAUUCAGUACUUUAUGGGUGAAGGGUUGGACAAGCUGAUGGACGUUGUCCGGAACAAUGUAACCAUAGUUAUGCAAAGAUACAGCCUGAAACAGCCGCUCACACUAGCCGACACGGAAACCCUCUUCUGGUCGAUUCAAAUGUCUCUAAACAAUGAUGAACUCAACCCUGUCAAAUGUUUGGCUAAAUUCACGCUUCCCCAGGAUGGUCUGCAAGGAGAUGGUAACAGCGAUUUAACUCUUCGCAAAAUGUGCGACGAAACGUUGGACGUACUGGAAAGCGCCGAAGCUACAGAUGUUUGCCUCUCGAACGUGUCCAGUGGAUUCUCGUCGAUCGUCGAUAAACUAGCCGAAUAUUACGCCGAAGCAGAAGCAACCCAGCUGGCUCCUUCUACCUCGAAGUCCGCGCUCAACGUAGACUGUCUGUCCAACAUCAACAACAUAAAGAUUUCGCUGGCCAAACUGAUCCCAAUAGUGAACGGAUUGACCGCGAAGCCACUGGGCAAAUCAGCAGCAACCAACGGACUGCAGAAUGGGUUUGAAAAGCAGCGCAACGAUAUGAUGUCCUCGCUGAUUGUCCGGUUUAUGCAGUCGGAGAAACUGAAAACCCUUGGCAUCAACGUUUACGAGACGUUCUGUGCGUGAGCAGCAGUUUUUUUUUCUCUUCUUUUUAAAGUAUCCGUUCUAAACCGGAGAUUCACAUUCGUGCGCUAAGGAUAGGCAUUAUUCGAUAGUACUUUUUUUCUACUAUUAAUCUUAUUAAUAUCAAAUGGUAUUUGCGAGCAGGUGGUUUUCGGGCGAAGUGAAGGAUCAGGGCUUUACUUAACAAGCCAAUUUAGUUUUAGGUGGAAUGUAUAUUUUGACACAAUGUUUAAUAAAUUGUCAACAUAUAUCACA